AUGAAGUCUGCCAUCACUCUCUCCCUCCUCGCCGGCGCUGAGGCCGCAGACACGCUCCUGGGUGCCUACGUCUUCCACCGCCAUGGCGACCGUAGCCCCAAGGCUCUCGCGCCCACCCACCUCACCACCCUGGGCUACGAGCAGGUCUACACGUCCGGCGAGUACUACCGCACCCGCUACCUGAACUCCAGCUCCACAGCCAUCAUGGGCAUCAGCGCCGACGAGGUCAAGCUCUCGCAGCUUGCUAUCACGGCGCCGGUAGACAACGUGCUGCAGAACUCCGCUAUGGGCUUCCUGCAGGGCCUCUACCCGCCGGUUCACACGGUGCAGACUCUCGCCAAUGGAAACAGCGUCCAGGCCCCUCUCGAUGGCUACCAGCUUAUCCCCAUCAACACCGUUCAGACCAAUGCUGGCAGUGAGGACUCGGGCUGGCUGCAGGACGCGAGUAGCUGCCAGUCGGCAAAGACGAGCUCCAACUCGUACUUUGAGAGUAAGGACUACACUGAUCUGCUUGCGAGCACGAAGGAUGUCUAUGCCGGUGUUGUGGAUGAGGUGAAUGGCACGUUUACCAAGGAUCAGGUGUCGUUUAAGAACGCUUAUAUCGUAUACGACCUCCUAAACGUCGCCUCAAUCCACAACUCCACAACCCUAACCCCCGCCCCCACACUAUCCCACCUCCGCACCCUCGCCGACGCCCACGAAUGGGGCCUAGCCUACAACGCCACCGACACCGCCCGCGCAAUCGCCGGCAAGCAACUCGCCGGCGAAAUCCUGACCGCCCUAAACUCCACCAUCACCUCGCGCGGCACCACGCCAAAACUCGCCUUCCAAUUCGGCGCCUACGCAACAUUCAUGUCCUUCUUCGGCCUCGCUGGCCUCCCCGCCGCAAGCGAGAACUUCACAGGCGUAGUCGACUACGCUAGCUCCAUGGCCCUGGAACUCUUCACCGCUGCGGACGUCAGCGCGGGAUCCUGGCCCGCGGAGGAGGAUAUGCAGGUCCGCUUCCUGUUCCACAAUAACUCUGCGUCGGCGGCGAGUCCGUUGGCGACGUUCCCGUUGUUUGGCGGUAGUGCGGAGGCGGUCUCGUGGGCGGAUUUUAAGGGUAAUUUGAGUGCGUUUUCGGUGUCGACGACGCAGGAGUGGUGUGCGGCUUGUGCGAAUACUACGGGGUCUUGUGCGGCGUUUGCUAGUAGUAGCUCGACGGCGCAGGCGAGUGGGGGGAAGAAGGGGGGUGUUUCGCCCGCUGUGGGCGGGGUGAUUGGCGCGUGUGUGACGCUUGCUGUUGUGUUGGGUGCGUUGGCGGCGGCGAUGCUGGUUGGUGGGUUUAGGGUUGCGAAGAAGGGGAAGGGGGUGGUGGGGGAGAAGGACGCGGUGAAGGCGUAG